AAUGAAGCCUUCUUAAAAGGGUAAUCUUAUGAUAAAAUUUAAGAAUAUAAAUAAAGGAAUAUUUACUGCUUUUGUUGGUGAUGGUUGUAAUGAUAUUUGUGCACUCUAAUAAAGUGAUAUUGGAUUAGCUUUAUCUAAUUAAGAAGCAUCUUUAGCUGCCCCAUUUUUAACACCAAUAAUCAGAGUUUCAUAAAUUAGUGAAAUAUUGAAAGUAGGAAGAUGUGCUCUUAUUACUAGUUAAUCUUGUUUUAAAUUCAUGACUCUUUAUUCUAGUAUUUAAACAAUAGCAUUGACAAUAUGUUAUAUUAGAAAUACUAAUUUAACAGUUGAGUAAUUUUUAUAUUAGGAUUUAUGGAUUAUUAUACCAAUUGCAUUUACUAUGAGUUUGACAAAACCAUCUGAAACCUUAACAACACAAUAGCCAUUUGUUAGUUUAUUAAAUAGAUAAAUUAUACUAUCAGUUGUUGGAUUAUUUUUUAUUUGUUGUUGUAGUUAAUUAAUUUCCUUUUCAACAUAUGAUUAAUCUUUGAUUACAGAAUUAAAUAUGGAAAUGGCUAAUUCAAUUAAUACUUAAUAGAUAAUAUUGGCAAAUACAUAAGUUAUUGCUGUUGCUAUUGCAUAUUCUUAAGGUAAACCUUUCAGAUAACCUAUAUACAGAAAUUAUUCUCUUUUAUUAGUUUUAUUUAUUGGAAUAGUUGUGCAUAUCUUGCUAACUAUUAAACCUAACAUUAUUAAUAUAUCUGUAUUAUGUUAAUUAACAAAAGAUGAAUUAAUGAUGACUGGUUUGAUGAAUGUAGCUGUAUUUAUUGUCAUAAUUUUAUUUGAGAAUCUGUGUAUAAAAUAAUAUAAGAAUUAAAUAAUAGGUUAAUGA